GAGCCAUCAACAGUUGUCUGCGAGCGGUUUCGCGGGAAACUGGUCGAACUUGCAGCGCAUCGACAUUCUCCAACGGGUUUUGUAGUGUUACGUAUAAAGUGGUGUUGAAACACGCGAUAGAUAAGCACUUUGCUCAGCCGCAAACUUUUUUCGUUUUCUUCCGCAUUCAUUGAGGAAAUGUGAAGAGAAUUCCGUCCAGUCGAUAGAGAGGGAGAAAGUAGCGCAAAUUAGUCGUUAUACAUCAUUGAACGAAGGUCAGUUUCAACGUGACUGUGAAACUGGUGCGGAGAAAGCAAUACAAAUUAACCAUCAACCAUAGUUAGGCGAACUUUAGUUCGCGUUUGAGAACCGCUCAAGUCCCACCGAUCGCCGUGUACGGGAGUGAAAAGUUUCGAAACGACUGGUUUUUACUCAUCAUCGCGUUACGUCGAUCAUGAUUGAGUUUGUGUUGACGGUCGUGAAAUUUGCGUUUGCUGCCGCUGUUUAUUAUGUCAGAGGGAAAUUGCUUCAGCUGUGGCCUCCAGCAGAACGACCUGUGGUUUUGGUCCGCCAAGGGAAACUCCGAGGAAUAACUGCAGUAUUGCCAAAUGGAACCCGUUACCACUAUUUCAAGGGUAUACCCUACGCGAAACCUCCGGUUGGAGAACUGCGCUUCAAGCCUCCCAUUCCACUCGAGAAAUUUGAUAAGCCCCUCAUGGAUUGUAUUCUGGAGCAAAGUGACUGUGUGCAAGAAGAUUUGUUCACACACCAAGUAGUGGGCUCGGAAAUGGGAUUAUAUAUCAAUAUAUUUACUCCCUAUUUUGUUGACACUGAUCAGCCGAAGUAUCCUGUUAUGGUAUUCAUCCACGGGGGAGGAUUUCUAGCUGGAUCUGGGAGCAGUAUAUUUUACAAUCCCAUUCAUCUGGUUCAGGAAGGUGUAAUAGUUGUUACCAUGAACUAUCGACUUGGACCUUUAGGAUUUCUCAGUUUCCCGAGUGCUGGCAUCGUCGGAAAUGCAGGACUCAAAGACCAACUGCUGGUUUUCAGGUGGAUCAGAGAGAAUAUUUCUCAAUUCUGCGGUGAUCCUGAUAACGUUACGGUGUUUGGAGAAAGCGCUGGCAGUAUUUCGACGUAUCUACAUUAUCUGUCCCCCAACUCAAGAAAAUACUUCAACCGAGUAAUUUGCCAGAGUGGAAUUCCCUGCACCGAAACUUUUUUCCAAGCAAACGGCAACGAAAAAGCUCGAGAACUAGCAAAAAUUCUUGGAUACAAGGGGAACUGCGACAAAGAAGCAUUAAAAACUCUGAUGGAAGCACCCGCCAGCGCAUUAAUAAAACAUCAGCAUAAAGUAUUGACAACCGAAGAGAAGCGUGCAGGCGUGAAAUUUGCUUUCAUGCCAGUUAUUGAGGAAAGUGCAUCCGACGAUAGUAUCAUCACCGAAACGCCAGAGGCAAUAAUAAAAUCGUCAAAUAACUUGGACAUGCCGAUAAUUGAUGGGUGCAACAGUGGCGAAGGAAUUCUCACGCUGUUCCUGAUGAAGAACCGAUACGACGUGAUUAACAGUGAGCCAGAGAGAUUCGUGCCCCAGCUUUUGGGCACAUCCACCAGCCUGAACCGAGUUGAACUUGGGAAGGAGAUAAGAAAGUUUUAUUUCGAUGAUAAAGAAGUAGAUCGCAGCACUGCUGACGAAUUAAGUGAUGUUAUGGCGGACAAUUAUUUUAUAACAAACUCCGUUAUCAAUGCGGAGUGGAUGGCCAAAUAUCAGCCGAAUAUAAGGCAUUAUCACUACAGGUUUACGUACCAUGGUCAGUUUAGCAUCACAAAGAAGUUAUUCAACCAAAGCCAAGCAAAAGGAGCUUGUCAUGGAGAUGAUGUGUUCUACAUCUUUAGCCCACCAUAUCUACCAAAGCUUCCGGAAAGCAGCACAGAGUGCCAAGUGAGGAAUACAUUUGCUAAACUCUGGACUAAUUUUGCCAAAUACGGCGAACCAACCCUCGACGAAGCCAUUGGUUACAACUGGCUCCCAGUGGCAAAAAUUGAUGCGUCCGAUGAUUUCAAGCUGGAUUGUUUGCAGAUCGACACUAACACAAAAAUGAUACUGAAUCCAUAUCCAGAGAGGAUAAAACUUUGGAGGAGAUUGUUAAACCAGUACAGGAAAGGUUUCUUGUGAUAAGGAGAAGUCUGAGUAGAAUUAAAUGUGCAAUAGUGCACAAAUAGUACGAACAUGAUAUACAACAAGUGAAUGUAAAUGCUUGAAAUGUUUUACAAUAAUAGCAAUAAAUUUUAACAUUAUGUUUAACCAA